UUGUAAAAGAAGAGGAUGUACUUUGUAAGGAAUCUCAGUGCAAACAUGUCUUAAAUUGUUCACUGAGGACUGAGUUAAUUGUCAUCUGAAUACCCUUUUUCCCAAAAUUGUGCUGUGCUUAAAUACGGCUAAAGUAAAACCAUCUGAGCCAGCCUCGAAGUCUUGGUCAAGGGCCAGUGACAGGAAAAUUGGGUUUCAUUCAUCCUGAUCAGUUUUCCCUGCCUACUGUGAAUCCUGCCAGGGAAUCACCACAGCUGGUGUUACAACGUGCAAUACAGGACCCUAGAAAAAGGUUCUUCCAGAACACACCUGUCAAUUCAUUCUGAAGGUGUAUAUGAAGAAGCUUGGCUGUUAUGUGACUGACAAAGGUCCUGUGCAUUCAGUCAAGCCUGGAGACUAUGUUCUUUUGAAAUACCUGGAAGCGGGAUCAGAUCGCUGAGAAGUGGAUUGGCCCCUGGGAACUGCUUCUGGAGACACUAGCAGCAGGGCAAGCUGCUGAACUUAAGUAUUAGCUACACUGCACCACAAUAAAAAGGUGUGAAGACCAGUGGGUACCCAAACAAACAAGGGACUGGAAAUGGACUGUAGGAAGACAAUGCUAGCUGGGCUGUUAUUUAUGACUGGCCUUUUGACUCUCUGGGGAGACAUCACAGCUUUUCAGCAGGAUGAGAUUGUGUGGGCUUACUUACCAGAAAAUAUUUUAAAUGCCUCUGACUUCUGCCUUAGAGGAGGCUCCUAUGUUGAGGAGGUUUCUGCAGCAUGUCUCAUGGGAGUUGGUGCGCACCUUGAGGAUCUACGAAGUUACACUUUAUUCCAGAACAUGAAUAAGCCAAUGACCUUUUCUGACAUCUAUAAUUGGGGAUCUGUUGUGACCAAGAGAGAAAUGGGGAUGUUCACCUUAAAACUGGCAGGUAUCUCAUCUCCCAAGGGGUGUGUUGUUUUCUCGGGGUGUAGGAGAGACUGUGUAGAUCUGACAGAAAGUACCCUCAUGAGAUGUGACUCGUUCUCCCCUGUAGUAUAUGGUGUGGGCCACCUAAAGCUCCCGACAGGGUGGUUCCUGCUGUGCGGGAAGACAGCUUAUUCUUUUGUGCCUGCAAACAGCACUGGAGGACCCUGCAGCAUAGGAAGGGUUACCGUGCACACGUCUCAGAAAGCCACCCUGAUGCAUGGCGUGAAAACGAAGAGGGACACUUCCACCCCGCUCACGUGUGAGGACAAAGUGCAUCUGUGGAGAGCCGCCGAGUAUGCCUCUGUAACCAUCUUUGUAACGCCCAUGAUGGUAGGAUUCUUGACUGCAGAAUUGGAAUACCUGGCUUGCACAACGACCAGAGCCUUCGACACUACGUCCCACGCUCCUGGGACUGUCAGGCGGGAAUUAAGGCAAGUCUGGGGGCCACUGGAGGAAAGCAGGCUGUGGCAGAUUAUUUGUUACUGAGGCAAACCCGUGGGUGUGAACAGUUUAGAGGAAACUGUCACUUUAAUCAGCUGGACAGUGCUCAACUGAUCAACAAAAAGGCUAAUAUAAUUAAUGAAAUUAUCUCUAAUAUAAAGAAGGGAGAAUGAUUCUUACUGUCUCACUCCCAAGUUUUAGAGGCCUCACGGAAGCCUUUCUGGUUUUCCUGCUUUUUGUCUUUUUUGGCAUAACUGUUCACUGUUGCAUAAGGCCCAUUACAGAGUGCAUAGGUCUGUGUCAGAAAAUCCUCUUAUGAAUAAGAGAACUUACUGGCAACUGGCAGGUUGCCACCUUUCACCUGAAAACAGAUCCUGUAAAGACAGCAGUUAAAAAGGAGAAGGAAUUAACAGUGGAGGGUGUAGCUGGAGUUUUUUUCUCUCCGGGUCCCGCCAAACCCCAGCCCU